GCGUAUGACGUUUCACACCGGUUCCUCUUUCUCUUCUCCGCUUCCUCCACAGAAGGUCCUUCGUCAAACCUCACCAUGGCGAACGUAGCUGAUACUAAAUUAUACGACAUUCUUGGAGUAUCUCCUACGGCAACAGAAAAUGAAUUGAAAAAGGCAUACCGGAAAUUGGCAAAAGAAUACCAUCCUGACAAGAACCCCAAUGCCGGAGACAAGUUCAAGGAGAUCAGCUUUGCCUAUGAAGUAUUGACUAACCCUGAGAAGAAGGAGCUGUAUGACCGUUAUGGGGAGCAGGGCCUGCGGGAAGGGGGUGGAGGAGGCGGUGGCAUGGAUGAUAUCUUCUCCCACAUUUUUGGAGGUGGCCUUUUUGGGUUCAUGGGUGGCCAGGGCCGUCGUAAUGGAGGCCGAAGGAGAGGAGAGGAUAUGGUGCACCCUCUUAAGGUGUCUCUUGAAGACCUCUACAAUGGUAAAACAACAAAACUACAGUUAAGCAAGAAUGUCCUGUGUGCAACUUGCCAUGGCCAGGGCGGGAAGACCGGUGCUGUCCAGAAGUGUACGGCCUGCAGAGGGCGUGGUAUGCGCAUCAUGAUCAGACAGCUGGCUCCUGGGAUGGUCCAACAGAUGCAGUCCGUCUGCACUGACUGCAACGGCGAAGGUGAGGUGAUCAGUGAGAAGGACCGCUGUAAAAAAUGUGAAGGCAAGAAGGUGGUGAAGGAGGUGAAGAUCCUUGAGGUCCACGUGGACAAAGGCAUGAAGCACGGGCAGAAGAUCACCUUCGGAGGUGAGGCAGACCAGGCACCUGGAGUGGAGCCAGGAGACAUCGUCCUCGUCCUGCAGGAGAAAGAACACGAGACCUACAAGAGAGAUGGCAGCGACCUACACAUGGUUCACAAAAUUGGUUUAGUUGAAGCACUUUGCGGAUUCCAGUUUACACUGAAACAUCUAGAUGGCAGACAGAUUGUGGUGAAGUACCCUGCUGGAAAAGUUAUUGAGCCAGGCUCUAUCAGGGUGGUGAGGGGAGAGGGCAUGCCACAGUACCGCAACCCCUUUGAGAAGGGAGAUCUUUACAUCAAGUUUGAUGUGCAGUUCCCAGAGAACAACUGGAUUAGCCCAGAGAAGCUCACGGAGCUGGAGGACCUGCUCCCCACCAGAGCUGACCCGCCGGUCAUCUCGGCCGAUGCCGAGGAGGUGGACCUACAGGACUACGACAACAGCCAGAGCUCGUCUGGUGGACACCGCCGCGAAGCCUAUAACGACAGCUCAGAUGAGGAAGGUGGCCACCAUGGCCCCGGUGUCCAGUGUGCCCACCAGUAGGACUGCCCAUCCCGGCACAACUCGGGCCCAACUUGGCACCAGGAGCGGGGAACAUGGGGAAGCAGUGUACCAGUUGCACAACAAAUUGAAAGGGCGUGGUUCUGAUCUGAUCAGGGGUUUGCCUUAAACACAAAAUGACGCAUCCUUCUGUCCUGCCCCCCUUCCCCACUCAAACACCCACCUGUAGUAAACGCACAGCCCAAACAUCCCCGUCCCUAUGCCCC